GGGUUAGUGUACCACCCGACUUAAGGGACCGCGGAUCAAAAGAACAGACUCGCGCUGAAUUUCAUACGUAAAAACAAUUCACAAGGAUGUCUGAACCGUCCUAAAUAACCAAACAAAAAACUAUCUUUAAAGCAAAUAAAAUUCGAAACGUAUUUAAUUCAUGUAGAAACAACCGAAAUCAUGCAAUAAAAGAAGAGAAAACUGUCGCUCGCAACGUUGAAAUAAUAAAAUAUUAAUUAUAAUAAAAACAGUGGAAAAACGUGGUCAAUAUAACUAGAUUAACCAGGUCCUAAGGAUCUGGACUGCAAAGUCCAAUUUCACCUGUAAUGGAGAAAGGUGAACGGUUUUCAGAAUAUCUGUUCGCGAAGAUGGGCCCCGGAGAUAGGGGGCCGAAGACCACAGAAGACCGGUCGGCUCCUGUCGAACGGACUGGCUUUAGGAAGAUCCUGGUCGACAAUGUGAUGCUGGUUGUUACCCUAGCUGGAGUCAUCACUGGUAUUGGUCUUGGUCUGGGACUUCGACCGUACCAUCUGGGCCCUGACGCCUUAAUGAUAAUAUCCUACCCUGGCGAACUGUUCAUGAGACUUCUAAAACUGAUGAUCUUACCUCUGAUCAUAGCAAGUCUUAUUGCUGGAUCAGCAAGUCUAAAUGCAAAGAUGAGUGGCAAAAUUGCCGUCAGGACUUUGUUGUAUUUUAUUUUGACGUCCAUGUUUAACGCUUUUCUUGGACUAGUCUUGGCUAUGUUGAUUCAUCCUGGAGUGCCUGAAAUUAAGCAAUUUGGAUCUUUUGUUGAAGGGAAGAGGGAGCAUAGUAUUUUGGACAGCAUUUUGGAUAUUGGCCGGAACAUAUUUCCGGACAAUAUCGUACAAGCCGCUUUCCAGCAAGCGCACACGGUGUACACAGAAGCACCCGCCAUGUUUGGACGGAAUGUUAGCGAUAAUGACACAGUGCCUUUGGUUCGAACCGUCGCUUAUAGAUCAGGCACCAAUACGCUAGGUUUAGUAUUCUUCUGCCUAGUUUUUGGCAGUCUUCUGGGAACAUUAGGCGCUAAAGGCCAAGUAGUGAUAGAUUUCUUUCAAGCAAUCUUUGAGGUGAUCAUGAAGAUGGUGACGGGCGUCAUGUGGUUCACGCCAGUUGGAGUUAGCAGCGUUAUAGCUGGGAAGAUUCUUGGUGUUAAUGAUGUUGCGUCAGUGAUGUCCCAACUAGCCUGGUUCAUAGCGACGGUGGCUGUUGGGGUAUUCUUCUACCAACUGGUAGUGAUGCAACUGAUCUAUUUCUUGUUCUUACGACGGAACCCCUACAAGUUCUAUUGGGGGCUGUCACAUGCCAUGCUCACGGCUUCGGCUACUGCUUCUACUGCAGCAGCUCUCCCAGUGACCUUCAGAGCUAUGGAAGGUCCCUUGCAGGUGGACCCUCGGAUCACUCGCUUCGUGCUACCCAUUGGCUGCAAUAUCAAUAUGGACGGCACGGCGCUCUUCCUUUCAGUCGCCAGUGUCUUCGUCUGUCAGAUGAAUAACAUACAUCUUGGGUUCGCUCAGCUGGCUACUAUAUUCCUGACUUCAACUGCAGCGUCAGUGUCUUCUGCGUCAGUUCCGUCGGCCGCGAUGGUGCUGCUCCUGGUGGUGCUGGCCGCCGUGGAUGCUCCCACGCACGAUGUGUCCUUGUUAUUCGCCGUGGACUGGCUUGUUGACCGUAUAAGGACUACUAACAACAUGCUCGGAGACUGCUACGCGGCCGCAGUAGUGGAACACAUGUCCAAGAACGAGCUGAUGGCCUGCGACGCUUUAAAUGCGGACCCCAUAAACGGGUUGACCCCAAACACGGACGUGGACAUCGGCAUAGUGACCCCUAGUAAAAAGUCUAUCGGUUCCGAUGAAGUUAUUAUAGACAUGCAUUUAAAUAAUCAUACUGAUGCCAUUAAGCGGAUUUAGUGACUAUAAUUAAUCAUUUUCGUAUAAUAAAUGUACCAUUUUAGACCUUAGUCCAUUUUUCUAAGAGUGGGUUUGGCCUAUGCCUGAUAGUGGGUGACUUCGGGUGAUUGUAAAGUCAAUUGGGCUUGAUUGUGUAUUGUCACCUAGAAUUUACACAGAGUGUGCUAUAUUACAUUUUUGACUAAGAUUUUGUUUUGAAGAAAACAAUUUCUUAUUUUGUAUUAUAACUUCCGUGAGACAUA